AUGAGUCCUCCCGGGCAUCACCAAGACGAGACUCGAGAGUCAUGGUACGGAGUUGAGGACCCAAAGCAAAGGAAACAAAUCCAAGAUCGCUUGGCUCAGAGAGCGAGACGGAAAAGGCUGGCUGAAACGCGCACGAGUCCUGAGAAGUCCUUGGUCGUUCGGCCCAAACAUACCAAACGACUUCUUCAGCCAUUAAAGACGACCGAGCACGAUUUCGAAAGCCAACAUAGCACUUCUUCAUCCCUUGCAUCUUCAUCAACUUCAACGCAAGAGCUGGGGAUCCUAAUCGUACCAUGCCAUGCUCCGCCUCUACCUCAAGACCACAAAUUCCUGAUUGAUCCGAAGUGGGCAGUAUUGUUGGCCCUUCGCGAGAAUGGCCACCGGAUAGGCCUGUACUGCUGGGGUGUCAAGGUCAUUACCUCUCGACAUCAAUCUGCAACCGUCCCGAUCAGCCUGCGACCAACGCCACUACAGCUGACGACACCGCACUUUGACUGGAUCGACAAGUUGCCCUUCCCUCGGAUGCGUGACAACUUGAUUCUCCUCGCCGGCACUAUCGACCUGAAACAACUGUACGAGGACUUUUUCACCAAACUAUCAUUCCAGAUCAAAGAAGACGCGCCUACAUGGGACCCUACUGCCUGGAAGAUUGACAGCGACUUCAGCGUGAAAUGGGGAUACUUGUUCUAUUGA